AUGGCCCCACCAGCGCAAUGCUUGGACACGGCCACCGGUGCAACCGGCCAGAAUGGCACCGUGCCGGUGAUAGGGCACACGCCGGAGAAGAAGAUGCAAUGCCACAACCUGCUUGACGCCGACGAGUUCCGGCUCCAGGGUCACCAGGUAAUCGACUUCAUAGCCGAGUAUUACAGCGGCAUGGGUGACCACCCCGUGCACCCCAGCGUCACCCCCGGCUUCCUCCGCAACCUGCUCCCUACGGAGGCGCCGUCCCGUCCGGAGCCCGACGCGUUCAGCUCCGCGCUCAAGGACGUCCGCGACAUCAUCCUCCCGGGCAUGACGCACUGGCAGAGCCCCCGCCACUUCGCGCACUUCCCGGCGUCGAGCAGCACCGUCGGCGCCCUCGGGGAGGCGCUCACCGCCGGCAUCAACGUGGUCCCCUUCACGUGGGCCGCUUCGCCGGCCGCCGCUGAGCUCGAGAUGGUGGUCGUGGAUUGGCUCGGCAAGGCACUGCACCUUCCCGAGAGCCUCCUCUUCGCCGGAGGCGGAGGGGGCACGAUUCUUGGCACCUCGUGCGAGGCCAUACUCUGCACUCUCGUCGCCGCAAGGGACCGGAAGCUCGCCGAGAUCGGCGAGAACAGGAUCUGUGACCUCGUGGUCUACUGCUCGGACCAGACCCACUUCGCCUUCCGCAAGGCCGCACGCAUUGCCGGCAUCCAGCGUGACCACUGCCGCGCGAUACACACGUGCCACGGGGACAUGUUCGCGCUGUCGCCCACGGAACUGCAGGCAGCCAUGCAGGCCGACGUGGAUGCCGGGCUUGUGCCCCUCUUCCUGUGCGCGACCAUCGGGACGACCCAGACCACUGCCGUCGACCCCAUCGGCGAGCUCUGCGCUGUCACCGCGCCGCACGGAGUGUGGGUGCACGUGGACGCGGCGUACGCAGGCUCGGCGCUCGUCUGCCCGGAGUUCACCUACGUGAUACACGGCGUGGAGGCCGUGGACUCCUUCAGCAUGAACGCCCACAAGUGGCUCCUCGCCAACAACGACUGCUGCGUGAUGUGGGUGAAGAAGCCGAGCGCGCUGGUGGCUGCGCUCGGGACCGAGCAGGAGUACAUCCUCAAGGACGCGGCGUCGGAGGGGCACGACGUGGUGGACUACAAGGACUGGAACAUGACGCUGACACGCCGGUUCCGCGCGCUCAAGAUGUGGCUCGUGCUCCGCUGCUACGGCAUCCAGGGCCUGCGCGACCACAUCCGCUCCCACGUCCGCAUGGCCAUGGCGUUCGAGGAAAUGGUGAGGGCUGAUGAGAGGUUCGAGGUUGUGACUGACAGGACGUUCGCGCUGGUGUGCUUCCGGCUUCGCCCGCAGGACAAGUUCGGCGGUGAGAAGACGGCCAACGACCUCAACCGAGGCCUCCUAGAAGAGGUGAACGCGGUCACCUCGGGCCCCUACAUGAGCGCCGCAAACGUAGGCGGUAUGUUCAUGCUAAGGUGUGCCGUGGGGAGCACGCUCACGGAGGAGCACCAUGUCGGCGAUGCAUGGAAGGUUGUGCAGGAUCGGGCCUCGGCGAUCCUUCGUAAGAUGGAGAUCAUCUACAGCUCUAGGUAA